AUCGUGAACAGAAGACAUGUGAUAAGAGUUGUGAACUUGCAUGGUUGUGUAAAUUAUGGCGUAUUGUACGAAGACUCACAACAUAGUGUGGGCUUGUCUUGGAAUUAGCUUUUUAAGAACGCCAGGUAAUAAUUAUGCAGGAAAGUAUGAAAUAUUGGGUAACCUUUGGUGAACUAGUUUCCGAGAUUAUGGAAAAUUCUGAAUAUUUCGAAUGAAAACAAAAUAUUGUUCUUAUACCCUUACUAGUUUGAUUGAUAACUUUGGGGCCAGCCGUAGUCUUGUGCUGUGUUAACACUAAUUCAUAUGAUACAGGUAUGUAACUGUAUUAUUAUUAGGUACUUCAACUUAAUUUGUCCAGAACGUUUUACCAUUUUAGUUAAUGAGAAUCUAGAGGCCUAGUAUCUCCAGAAUGAACUAGGCUACACAGAACGUGCGUGUUAUUUUUGGUACAACCUAUAAGCAACACCACCCUAAUAUUUCAACAGUCGUUGAGGGGAAUCGCCGUCUCCCAGCUGGGCCUUCUAGUCGAAGCUUAACAUUUGUGUUCACGUUAGCAGGAGGCCUUGCUUUCGUUGUUGCUUGUGUACCGCAAUGGCAGCCGAGGUUGUCAGACGCGAUGAAAAGUGGCCAGGGACCGUGUUUAUAAUUAUCUGCGUUUUAUGCGUUAGCUUGUCUACUGGAGAGUUUAGCCUGUUCCUGAAGCCGGACGAAGUUCACAAACUCUUUGGACUGAACUCUGAACUGUAUUAUGUGAGAAAAGGAAAGGUUAAUGACUAUGCUUUAAAGUUUGAAGUAGUUGUACAAGCCAACAUAUCUGAGUUGCAUUUUACAUGGCAGAGCCUCAGUAACAGCCAGAUGUCCUAUGUAAUAGCCAUAGCAGUGAAUAAUACAGAGGCUUUAGGGACUCCUCAACUUAAUAUUACAAGAACUGGCAUUGUUCCAAAAAAGCAGCAAGUGUUUCGUUUGAUUCUUCCUUGUACUGGCAAAAAGAGUGAAGAAGUAGAUGUGAGUCUGCACAUUAACAUAACAGCUGGAUCCCCAGUUAAUGUGACUUCUCUAACUCUUCGAAGAAAAAAAAUCUGCCUCAAAGAUGCUAAUCGAAAUGGAACAAUGCUAAUUGAUCCUUCAGCAGUGGUAGCAUCUACCAGUUCUUUCUAUGUUGCUGUUGGCUGUGCUAGUGCACUCAUUGUAGUCAUUACAAGUGCUGCUACGACCUGUUACAUUAGAGCUCAAAAAGCUCGUCGGAAUGAAGCUCUGAAGGGGAACUCACCAGGACUUACUGCCCAAGGACAGACUUUUCUCAGAGUGGACACACCUAAUAAUGCCAGCACCACAGGAAGUUACUCUAGCUUUCGCCGUUUAACUCCUGUUAAUGUUCCAGUUCAGGUCAAUGACCUACGUGCUUCUGAACUUACAGAACAGAUAAGUGAAAUUGCUGUUGAAAGGAGAAAGAUCUUUUUACAUGAAAAAUUACAGGAAGGCACUUUUGGUCAAAUAUAUCAUGGUGUAUUGACAGAGGAUGAAAAUGAAGUCAGCAGUAAACAGGAUGUCUUUGUUAAAACAGUUUCAGACCAAGCUUCUCAAGUUCAAGUUUCAUUGCUGUUGGCAGAAGGAAUGAGAAUGUUCUCUUUAAAUCAUAAAAAUGUGUUAUCUGUGGUUGCUGCAUGCAUGGAUGACCCUCAGAGGCCCCUGUUAGCUUAUCCUUACAUGAGUCAAGGAAAUCUUAAAAGUUUUCUUCAAAAAUGUAAAUUCUCAGCUGAAGGACACUGUCAUACCUUAGUUACUCUGGAUCUGGUUUUGCUGAAAUGGAUGUUGAAAGUAACAUUGAUUGGGAUGAAAUUGAAAACAGCUUUUUGGAAUGUGGAUGAUCAACUACAAGUUAAGGUAACAGAUAAUGCCUUAUCACGUGACCUCUUUUCAAAUGACUACCAUUGCCUCGGUGAUAAUGAAAACCGACCAGUCAGAUGGUUAGCUCUAGAAAGCUUACUUAAAAGAGAAUUUUCUACAGCCAGUGAUGUGUGGUCAUUUGGAGUAACACUUUGGGAAUUGAUGACCCUUGGUGAACAACCUUACGUCGAAAUAGAUCCAUUUGAGAUGGCAGCUUCACUCAGAGAUGGUUAUCGAUUGUCUCAACCAAUCAAUUGUCCAGAUAAACUGCACAGACUGAUGGCUUUCUGCUGGACAGCCAUGCCAGAAGAACGACCGACGUUUAACCAGCUACUAAGCUAUCUUCAAGAUUUCCACACAGCCUUAGGCUGCUACAUUUGAUACAUAUAGAUCCAUUUGUCAUCUGCACGUGAGCAAAAGCAAAAUACACCCACAAGACUGGAUUUUGCUACAUGUAACUUUACCAGAUGACCCAGGAAUGGACCUGGUUCUUGCAAAUGCCUCUCCAGUUGGAACUUGCUUUAAUUGACAAAGAACUGGAAAGCAAUAAGAAUAUAUUUUAGAAGACUUGUUGCUAAGUCAUAGUAGCCUCAUUAAGUUACUAAAAUUAGCCCCUAGAAACAAUUACAUCUUCUAAUCCAAUGUGAAAUCAUAACUUUAUUAAGGCAUCAUAAAAAUGUGACACAGUUUAGACUGUACAGAUUAUCAAAUAGUUUCAAUGAACGUAUACAUAAUAUGUAGUUGCAUAUAGUUUAUAAAACAAAGUAUGAUGUUAUAUCAAAUCAUUUUUCAUUCAAUGAGAGAAAAUUCUAUCUAUAGGAAUUUAUCCCAGAUAACCCUAGCACAGUUAGUUAAGAAGGAUGACUCGUGAACUGUCUUUAACCUAGUUCAUUGACAUUACACUGCAUAGCAGCUACAAUGUUCAAAGUUAUGAAACUCGCAUUAGCAUAGUAAAAUAUUUAUUGUACCCAAAUUGAGUAUGAGCCACAAAGGACUAAUAUUACAGAAAUGAUGACUAACUAUUCCCUAGGGCCAUGAGUAAAUCACAUCUAGGCAUACUCCUUACAAAGCACAUUUUAUCCUGCCUUCUGUUAACUUUGGAAUAUGGUAUAGUGCAUGUUAUUUUUCCAGAAAGAUCUCUCAUCUCAAAAUUAAGAAAUCGCUUUUUUUCUUUUAUUUUUUAGAAAUAUUGUUGCAUUAUGUACAAGAUGGACUACUCCAUUUAAAAUCUUCUAUUCAUUUUUAUACAUCUUGCAUUGCAUUUACAAGUACUACAAAUAAAGACUCGAUAUUUUUCUACAAAUGUGAUAGUAGUUUAAGAAAGGUUCUAGAGGAGGGAAAGAUGAGAAAAUGGUUGGUGUUUAAGUCAAAGAAAUAACAGUUAUGAGAAAGGUAGUUUAGCCAUAUUUGUUCAAAGAUUGUUUUAAGUUUUGGAUAUUCUUUUACUUACAGUGACUAAAGUAAUAUCGGAACAUGAUACAGACAUUGUCAUUUUUAUAAUGGUGAAUUUGGUAAAAAAUACUGACUUUACAUUGUAUGAAAUUAGUUCAACUGUUUGAUCUUAUAUGUUGUAGGUGUAAUUACAGAAGAUAAGGUUCUUUUACAGUUAGAAACUUCUACAAAAGAUUUGUCUUUACUUUUCAAACAUUCAAGUUUCUCCAAAAAUCCAUGAGAUUAGAUUCAAAAUUAAAUCCAGCUCUAAUCCUACAAAAUAUGUUUUUCUGAGAUGGAUUAAUCAAAACUGAUAAGAGUGUCAAAUGAACAUAAUAUUGUCCCCAAACUUUAACUGAUAAAAUGACAGUAUCUGUAUCUUAAAUCUGAGCAACAACAUUGUGAUGAAGGUGAGAAAAAAAAAUGUAACUUAAUUUGAACCUGUACUCUACAAUUAAUCCCACUGUAUUUGUGUUCAAAUCCAGCGUAUGAAGCUUUUGAAGAUCAGGAACGGGAAUGCAUAUUAAAACUGUUACAAAUAACACUUUGAAGUAGCAUUUUAUAACUUUCAAACAUGUAGUAACUAAACUUCACUUUAGAAAGAAAGAAACAUUAGUUUUAAGUUUAUAUCUCACCAGGCUGUUAGAAUUAAUCUAAUAACAUGCACCAAUUCACUUCACAUAUAAAUACAAGUGUUACAAAUAACACUUUGAAGUAGCAUUUUAUAACUUUCAAACAUGUAAUAACUAAACUUCACUUUAUAAAGAAAGAAACAUUAGUUUUAAGUUUAUAUCUAACCAGGCUGUUAGAAUUAAUCUAAUAACAUGCACCAAUUUACUUCACAUAUAAAUACAAGUUGUUUGGUAAUCCAUUCGGUUACAAAUCAAAACUUCCAACUAAUUCAGUGAUACCAUUAGUUUUAUAUAUAAAAAAAAAUACACUACUUUCAAUUUUUGUGGUUUUAUAAUCUUAAAUUAUUGUAUUUUACAAAGUUAAUGGUUUGUCUUAAAGUUCAACAUACAUUUGACAGCAGGCAUACUUACGUUAAUAAAUCAUUAAGAUUUAAUGAAAUAAGUUGUAUUAUUAUAACUCAAUGCUAGCUAUGAGUGUGAUCAGCAAAUAAUAAGUUCAAUAAUUACAAUUUAGUUAUAUUUUUUAAGGACCCUUUCUGAUUGCCUUAAUUUUUCAAUAAGUGGCCAAAGAAUGUGUGUCAAAACAUUGAUGUUUGAUAAUUUUACACACUAACAGGAAUUUGGAUUGGUUAGCUUGUUUGUAUCUAAAUCUUUUAGUUUAUUUUACAUCACAUACUUAUCCAUUAUUGCUAAGAAUACUGAGAUAAAAUUUACUGUUCUACAAGGAUUGUUCGACAUUUUGAAAAUAUUCUUGUGCUGUGUAUAGAACCAUAAAGCAUCCCACAAACAAAUGUGAUACUGACAAUCCAGAAUCAUGUUCUGGUGUGAACAGUUGUGUAAAAAGUGCCAACUUUAUUGCUUUUUUUUCUAGGGACCAGAAUGUAGCAUUUGGAAAUUUAUGAAAAUGUGAAGGAGAAACUAGAGACUUGCCUCUUUAUAAAGAGAGGUGCAUUGAGGAAAGAAUAUUUCUUUGGAAAUUUUAGAAUGAAGAAACAUUCAAUGUUAUUCACAUAAGAAUUCUGAAAAAAUUACAGCUUGAGAGUAAACAUUGUUUCUUGAUGAAUGUAAGACUCCAUGAACCAUCUAGUGUAUGUAUUGAAUAUUAGGAUCUUCAGCUUGAUCAUCUUUUCAUGAAUUUCUCUGUGUAGUGUCUACAUUUGUUUUUACAUCUUUAUCUCUUUGACAUCUUAAUGCUUUUUUUCUAAACAUUUAUUAAUAUCAUAAUGACAUAAAAAGUAUUUCUGUGAAUCAAUUUUAAUAAUCAUAGUCCAAUUUUCAAGUUAUGUUUCAGUAUUUAAAAAUUACUUGUUAUAUCUGUCUUUAAUGUUGUUUUAAAAUGUACAUCUUUCCACCAUUUUGCCUAUUUUUGAGGUAAAAAAAGAAUCAUUUAUGAACGGCCAAAUAUAGAUGUUUAGUAGUUGUAAUGCUAUGUUUUAAACUACAAUAUACUAUUAGCACCUCCAACAUCAAUUCAUUUUAUGACAAUGGGCAAGAAAAUUUCAAUUUCAGAACCAUACUCAUAAUUCCCCUUUAUUUACUUUACUUGAUUAGCAUCUUUACCAGCACUGUGGAUUGUUUUGAUGCAAUUUUCCAAAUCUGUGUACCCUUAAGUUAAUUUAAAACACAUCUUGGAAUUUUAUUUAGAAUAAUCUAUAUGCCAUUCUCAUUUGUAAUCACAGUUAUUGAAGUUGUUUACUGAAAUUUUUCAGUUUAUUUUUGCUUGGUAUUGACAUUUCUGCUGUUUUGUGUAAUUUUAUUUUCUAGAAAGAUUUCAGUGCACUUGCACAAACCAUAUUUCCUGAACCACAUCUGUGGCUAAUAUAAAAAAUAUUGAGAUUGAUUUCUAACAGUUGAAGUUCUUCUACUGGUUUCAUAAACAACCCAAAAGACAUUAAAAUUCCUGUUCUUGCAAUCUUGUGUUAAACUUCAGAAGAAAUACCUUUUGAUGAUCAUGAAAUGAAUAAUUUUCAGUUUCAGUACUUGUAGUUUAACUUAUUUAUGAAAUAUAAAAUAGAUUUUUAAAUGUCAGUGAAAAAUAAAAUAAGUUGUGUGUAUAAAUCCUGAUUUAUUGAAAAAAAUCAAGUAUUUCAACAGAACUAUUCCAGUUUCAAAAAGGCAUCAACUAAAUUUGCUAUGGAUUUUUGAAAGACCAUUUAAAGACUUCCUAAUACCAUUUUUAUUAGGAAUAUUGUUUAGUUAUGAGCUUUUUAGCAUAAUAUUUGUGUUUAUCACUGUUUUACAAUAAUUGAAAUAUAUUAACUAAUAAAAUUUAAAUUUGAUGCUUUUUUGUUUUAAUAUAUGUAAUUUCUAAAUAGUUUCACAAAAUCAUGGACACCUUGUCAUUGAUUGGUGAAAACAAAACACAACAUUACAAACGAUAUAACAAAAGUAAAAUGUAUUAUUAAAAAUGCUUAAAUGGUUUUAGCACUUUGAAGAAAUGUGGCCUUAUGCUGUUAAUAUUGUGUAUGUACCAGGUAUGAGCUUUGGUAGCUGUAGAAAAUUAUCAUGAAGCUGUUUUCAAAUUAUUUGUAUGUAAUUUAAUAUUGAAGCGUACUUUUAAUAUAUGUGCGUACUUUUUCUAAUGCCCUUGCAUUCACUCUCACUGGAUAAGAGUUCAGAAUCAGAUUCGUUCAUAAUCGAGAUUAAUGUAGUUUGUAGGGUGAAAAAAGUAUUCCGAAACAGGAGUUGAACCCUGGAUCUUAAGGUAACGGAAGUUGUGCAGAACUUGAGGUAUUUGGUAGAAUCCAGCCACUCUCUGUUUACAUCUUUAAUAUUUUAUUAAUCUUGCAAAAAAAAAACGCUCCUUUAUUAUGCCCGUUUUGAAGCAAAGCACUAGUCACUUUUUAUGUGGACAUCAAAAACCUUUUCCUUUUGAUAGGUGUUGUUUUGCUCAGCUGUAUUAUUUCUUCAGUGUUAAAUUGCUGAUUAAAUAUGGACAUGCUCAAGGGUGUUUAUUAAUGAUGUACGAAAUGUUUGUUGCCCAUUGUACAUAUUUGUAUAUAUAUAUAUUGUACUGAAAUAUAAAUUUUGUUCCUUGCUUU